AAGUUCGCCGUUUCGGCUUGAGUGCCAGUUUUGUUGAUUAUUUAGGCCCAAAACGGGAUUUUUUCCUAUCGUGGAUGCAAUGUCGCCUCUUAGAGGGCUGCAUGCAGCUCUCGGCGUUCUGUUAUGCGUGCUGGUCUCCGUGCGAAUGGUGCGCUUUCCGCUGCUGUCAAUGCAGCUGCCGCACUUGCUGAUCGGACUUUUGCUGGCGUCCAGGAGGCUGCCGCUGCUCAUCUCCAGCCUGAUCCUCUUCUGGAUAGCAUUUUACGCAGGGAACAUCCCAAGUGAUGAUUGGCAAGCCAAUCAUGCCUGGAAAGCCUGCAGCACUGGCUCUUUCCUCGCUGCUUUGGUAGGUUGCUGCUGGAAAAGCUGGCAGUCAAAUACUGGCAGGUUCAUUUUCGUUGUCGUAUUGGCAGCAAUUGCUCGAGUAGUGAUGGUGCUGUCUCCAAUGGCUAUAGCUGAGGACAUCUUUCCAAGAUACAACGUGGGCAAUGAGACCAUCGUGGAAACCCCAUGGCUCCGCAAGCAGCUGUGCUCGAGCUCGCAGGCGCAACAGGCGGUGCUUUGUGGUCCCAUCUCUCCUCUCAGCUGGGAGGAAGCGGAGAAUAGAGCAGCCUGGACGCUGGAACAAAUGACCGACGAAGAGUGCCACAUGUUGAUGCAGGGAGUGGGUUGGAUCUCCAUUCCGCGUUGGCUGCCAUCUCCUCUACCUGCCCUACCAAAGCUUGGCUACUACAUGGGCAAUCUUCCUCCGCUUCCUCGGUUGGGAGUUCCCCCCUUGAAAUUGCACGACGCGGGCAAUGGGUUUCGAAAUAUGCCGGGCGGACAAGGAAAGCUUGGAAGUACUAUCAUGUGGCCUUGUUCGCUGGCUUUCGGAGCAACCUGGAAUACACACCUUGUGAAGGAGGUUGCUGGUGCAAUUGGUCGGGAGUACCGCGGCAAAGGUGCCAAUGUCAUUUUGGGCCCCAGUGUGCAGGUUCAAAGAGUGGCAAGCAACGGUCGAAACUUUGAGUACAUGGCCGGAGAGGACCCAUACUUGGGAGCUAAGCUUUCGGAGGCUUAUGUGAUUGGCGUCCAGGCGGAAGGUGUGAUCGCCUGUUUGAAGCACUUUGCCUUCAACGAGCAAGAGACUCACCGCACCUAUGGCAGCUCCGUGGUGGAUGAGCGCACGGCAUGGGAGCUCUACUACCCCCCGUUCGAGGCCGGAGUGGCGGCUGGCGCUGGCUCGGUGAUGUGUUCCUACAACAAGGUGAACGGCACCUACGCGUGCGCCAACGAGGAGCUCCUGCGGCGCGACCUGAAGCAGAAGAUGGGCUUCCGCGGCUUCGUGAUGACCGACUGGUGGGCGCUGCACAACUCUGUGGACACCUCAGUGGUGCGGGGCCUGGAUAUGGAAAUGCCCGGGGCGGGCGGCGACACCUUCUUCUAUCCGGAGGCACUGCAGACGAUGGAGGAGAGCCAGGCAGGAGACUUCAAGGGCUACGGCGUGAAUCGAAGCGCGGUGUACCGCGACCCCGCCCGCCGCAUUUUGUCGGCCGCCCAUAAGAUGCGUUUGUUCGAGAUGCCCAGCUGCACUCCGGGCCAAGACUGCGUGGCCGCCAUCUUCUCUGACCAGAGGUCCCCAGAAGCUGAGGACCUGGCGAGGCGAACCGUGGCCGAAUCGAUUGUUUUGCUGAAGAACGAGGCUGUGCUGCCCCUGAAAAACGUCAAAAGGCUGGCCUUGAUUGGCGAGCCAUGGGUGGCACCCAGCCGAGGGACAGAUGAGGUGGGAAUGAUGGGGGAUUACUACAGUGGAGGAGGGUCUGGGCACUGCUACAUACCUCCCGAGAAUUUCACAACCCCUUUCACUAGCAUCUCAGAGCGAGCAAAAGAUUUGGGCAUAGCCGUUUCAAGUUCGUUGACAAACAACAUUACUGAAGCGCUAGCUGCAAUUCAGGAUGCAGAUGCGGUUGUUGUCUUGGGCGCAACGACUGCAGAGGAAAGCAGGGAUCGUGAGUCUUUGCAUUUGGACAAUGGGGCUGACGACCUCAUCAAUGCGAUUGCCAAAGAAGGAAAGCCAGUGAUUGUGUUGAUGCAGGUUCCAGGGACAAUUAUGGUGCCUUGGAAAGAUGAAGUCGCUGCUGUGGCACUGAUGUUCCUUGGUGGCGAAUUCACUGGCAACGCCUGGGCAUCUUUGUUGUUUGGUGACUUCUCCCCCUCAGGAAGGCUGCCCAUCAUGCUGCCAACCCAUGAGAAUCACACCAUUCCGCCAUCUACAGAGUUGGAUGCCGUGUACGGCGAAGGGCUCUUCACAUCCUACCGGGCAUCGGGCAACUUCGCAGCGUUCCCAUUUGGGCAUGGCCUGUCGUAUACGGAGUUCGCGUUUGAUCCACCAAAGCAAUCGGAGGGCUGCCAGGCGCGAAUUUGCGUGGAGACUCGCGUGACCAACACUGGCAGCCGAAACGGUGCAGAGGUCGUGCAGGCUUAUGUGGAGUUUCCUCCAGAGGCGAACGAGCCCAAGCUGGUUCUGCGAGGAUUCCAAAAGACAAAGAUUCUGGAGCCCGGCGCGUCGGAGACGGUGUCCAUGAGCCUCACAAGCAGAGACCUCUCCGUCUACUUGGACGGCUGGAAGCUUCAGCACAGCAUCAAGCUGCACAUCGGGGCGUCCAGCGCGGAUUUGCGCCACACCAUGUCGCUCUCCGUCUAGUCCGGAGGUCGGGCAUCGUGCGGGCUGGUGAAGCAGCUGUAACUGGAGCACGUGAGCAGAAGGACCAGGGCUUCGGAGCGAGGAGGCGUCGGUGGCCCAGAUGCAUGUGUGAGGCGAGGCAUGAGACGCGGCGCCACAAAGAUGGGGCA